GUACUACGUUCGCGUUCGGUACUUCGGUGGCAAGUGGUAACCUUACGCUUGAUCGCUACCACGGCCACACAUCAUCAGUCGUGUUUCUGGCUUUUGGUGUUUUUUUCUACGUGCGUGAAAUGUCAUUUUGUUUUUCUUGACAAAAACAAAAAAAAAAAAAAAAAUGAGUCGUACCAAUAAGUUUAAAUUUAUCUCUUCUUGAAUUCGGUCGUCCUAUCUGCGCCGCUCUUUCACCCUCUCUCUUCCUCUAUCUCACUCACUGUCAUUAUCUUUCUUUUGUUUUUCACCAUCAACAACACAUAGUACACACACGGAAGCGAUCGGGCUGCCGUACUCUACAGGAUGGACGCCGACGUAUCGAAAAGGAUAAAAUGAGUUGUUAACGGAUUUCCUAAACUGGUUUUUAAAUUUGGUGAUAAUUUCUGAAGUUCUUUAUUUUUUUUUUGUCAUUAAGACUCAAUUUUAAAUCCUAAAAGUCCUGUUUGUUUUUAAUUUUCAUUUAAUCAAUUAAGUUAUCCUUAUCCAGUCUGCUCAAUUAAUUUUUAUCAAUGGCGGAUCAGUUGAAUGAAACAAGCACUACAACCACUGAUCACAGGAAUAAUUGGCCAAACACAAAACUACCAGCAGAUGGUGAUGUUCCUGAUGAUGUUUCUAACGGCCAAGAAACUCAUAGUUUUGCUGAUAUAUUAAGCACUGCAUUCACGGCCACUGGACCUGUGCCAAGCCCACCAGCAGAUACCGAGUCAAAUAUGCAAUUAGGAAAUGAAAUGGAUUAUGAUCCAUUAUUUGCAGAUGGAAGUGAUUUAGAGACUGAAGAUACGCCACAAGAAUUCUCUCCAUUAAACUCUGAUAUAUGGCGGUAUGGAAAUACGCUUAUAGAAACACCUUGGUCUGUACCACGCACUGAUGAAUCAUCCAGUCGAACUGUUAACCAUCCAGUUCCGUCUACUCCUACAUCAUCUGAGAUGGGAAGAAAGAGAUCAUUGCUGUCUGGUGAUAACAACUUGCGGAUGAAAACUGGUAAACCUGAUACAAAUCGUCCUUUGACUUAUCCCCGACAUCAAAUGUCUAGUCGAAUGUAUAGACCACAUCGUUAUGGUCAAGAACAAAUGUCUUCAUCAGCAUAUACAUCCAUGAGUAAUCAUGGAGGAAAUUAUAAAUAUACCCAGCGACCAAAUCCUCAGGUUCACACUACUACAGCUCCAAGUGAUCAUUCAAUACCUAGCUCUUCAAAUCAAAAUAGAAUGAUUAACCCUCAAUCAUCAUCAACUGAAGAAUAUACAGUCUACGGUAUGAAUAAUAUGGGAGCCCCACAACCAGGAGGCCGUUUUAAUAAUGAUCCUCGUAGAGCAGAAUGGACAAAUGUGAUGGAUGCUGAUGAUGAUGAAGAUAGUGGAAUAGAGUUAGUCACAGUCAACAAUUUUCAACAACGAAAUAUAAAUCAACUACCAACUGGACCACCCGUAGUAGAUUUAACUCUAGAGUCUGAAGAAGUCAAUGAUCCUUUAUUGAAUCAUUCAGGAAGAACUCCACAAGCUGACAUAUCUAUGGGACAUACAAUGUUUAGUAGUCGUUUUCCAAUUAUACAACCACAACGACAGUAUGUCAGUCAUUCUGCUAUGCGUUCUAUGCCUGGAUACACUCAACAAUUUCCUCCUAAUCCGUCCCCUCUGUAUCGAAAUGAUGUAAUUUUCAUGGAUCAACCUCCUCAAGCUCCUUGUAUACAUACAGCUCAUCCACCUCCUGGUACUCCUGGUUGGGCUCCUCCAUGUAGUCAGUGUCAUAAUACAUCUAGGGUUGUAUUUGGAAUGGGUAGUCACAUACAUCCGGCACAUCACCAUCAUCAUGGUAUGAUGGCUACACAUCCAAUGACUCCAUGUGUACCUUCAAAUGUACCUUUAUACCAUCAAAGAUUGUGGUAUAAUCAACAUAGAAUACAAGAAAUGCAAAGAAGAAGAAUGGAUAUGAUGAAUGGCAGUUCUGUACGAUCAUUAAGAAGUAUACCGCCAGUUUCAUGCAUGCAGGGAUAUCAACAACCACCUCAACCAACACCAGUCCAUCCAUCUAUUCAAGCAAUUCAUACGGUGUUACCUCCACCUCAGCAACCAAAUGUGUUCAGCCGGCCAGAAGUAAUCACUUCACGUAGAAUUGGUCCUACUGCUGUCAUUACCUUAUCUCCUCCUACUGAUGGAAUAGAGCAAGUACCUUCAUCUUCAUUACAAACAGAGAUUGUGGUUCAAAGUGGGUCUACGAGUGAUAGUGGUCAUCCUCAUAUUCAUCAUUAUUAUAAUUAUCAUCCCCCUGGACCACCAGGUCGAAUGCAUCAUGUACGGAUUAGUAUUGGUGCACCAUCAGGAACUAUUGUUAAUACAACUCCAGGCUCAACAAUUCCAUCACAGCCAGGUACUGAUAUACCUCAGUUUCCUCAACUAGGUACAUUACCCAUGUUAACACGUCAUUUGUCAUAUCGACUAGAAGAUUACUUGCGAUUAAUGGAACAACGUCGUAUUCACAUGAUGAAUCGUGGGGCUUCAAAAGACACAAUAGAAAAGAAUACUUUCCCCCAUAAAUACAAACGUAUUAAGAGAUCAUCAGAUGAAAUGGAAGAUAACACAGAAAAGUGUACCAUUUGUCUUUCAGACUUUGAGGAUACUGAGGAUGUUAGGCGUUUACCAUGCAUGCAUUUAUUUCACAUUGAGUGCAUUGACCAAUGGUUAUCAUCUAACAAACGAUGUCCUAUAUGUCGUGUGGACAUCGAGACCAAAGAAACUAAGGACGCUGCUUCUGGCUCACCUUUGCCAUCUGAAACUCCAUUUAUUGUUCCAACAUGACACGGAGAACUGGUGGUUUUACCACCAGCUAAUUCGUGUUCAACCUCUUCCCGUUGAAUUAUGUGUAAGAGAAGUUUGAGGAGAAUGCAUCAUUGUUUUGCUGUAAUAGUAUUCCACUGCUAAAUAUUAUACUUCUAAAGGUUUUAUUGUAACCAUUUAAUAAAAUUUGUUACCCUCACCAUAUACUAUAGGGUCUUGCGUGUGAUAAAAUUUAAAAGAAAAAAACCAGUCACACUAGUGUGCGCGAGCUUUUCCAUUCAUAUGUGAUAACUUUUUUUUUAGCAAUUUUGCAUGUUUUCGUUUUAGUAGAACUUUAACUUUUGUGUUUUAUCCGUUGUGCAAUUAGUUGUCCUUGCCCUACCUUUAAUAGUAUGGGUAUUUUUUUAAAUGUUGAAGAUUUUAAAAAUAUGUGUCUUAUACCUUGUAUUAUAGAUUAUCCACAAAAUAAAUUUUUUAUUUUUUAAACAUUUACAUACAACAAAUAUCUAACAUUUUUUGUUGACUUUACUAUGAGAAAAUUGAUGGUUAUAAAAUUUCUUUUUUUUAAAUUUAAUCUCUUAAUGU